AGAGAAAAAGGCGGAGCUGGGAGCCGCGGAGCGAAGGCAAGGCACCCAAUGCGGUAAAAGCUUUGGAAGCCCACGGAAGAGAAGCAGGCAGGGAAGCAGGCGGACACACAAUGCAGCACUGAGGCGGCGGCGGCGGAGGGAGGCAGGCUGGCAGGGAUGGUGCUGCUGCUGCUGCUGCGCGUCCCCGGCUAAGGAAGCCAAGGCAAGGCAAGGCUCGCUCCUGGGGAAGGCGGCCGGACCAGCCAUGCUGCUCCCCUGGAUGCUCUGCGCCCUUCUGGAGGUGGGCUCCGGCCGCGCAGAAGAUGCCUCACUGGCGGAGAAGAAGGAGCGCAGGGACAAGGACCGCUUCCUGGAGAGGCAGAACAUUGUCCCCUUCCGGCUUCUCUUCAGCACCGAUGGAGGCAACGAGACCCAGCAGGAUGCCCUCAACACCCGCAUCGGGAGCACCUUCAAUGGCAGGCAGUCCACACAUAUCGCCCGGGCCAGCUUCCAGGUUGAUGCUUUUGGAUCAUCUUUCAUCUUGGAUGUAGAAUUAAACCAUGAUCUCCUGUCUUCAGAAUAUCUUGAGAGACACAUUGAACAUGGUGGAAAGAUGGUUGAAGUUAAAGGAGGAGAACACUGUUAUUACCAAGGUCACAUCCGAGGGAAUCUGGAGUCAUUUGUCGCUCUGUCAACAUGCCAUGGACUCCAUGGCAUGUUCUAUGAUGGGAAUCACACGUAUCUUAUUGAGCCAGAAGAAAAUUAUACUUCACAGGAGGAAUUCCACUUACAUUCUGUCUACAAAUCCAGAUUAUUUGAAUUUCCUUUGGAUGAUCUUCCAUCUGAAUUCUGGCAUAUGAAUACCACAUCACAGAGGUUUGUUGUGAAACCAAGACACAAAAGAAGAAAAAGGCAGAUCCAUCAGAGUUCACAUCAGUUUGAAAAUGAUAUGAAAUAUGUUGAGCUAAUGAUUGUAAAUGAUCAUCUAAUGCUGAAAAAGCAUCGAUUAUCUGUCGGCCACACAAACAGCUUUGCGAAAUCAGUAGUGAACAUGGCAGACAUAAUCUAUAAGGAACAACUGAAGACCAGGAUAGUAUUGGUUGCCAUGGAAACCUGGGGUACGGAUAAUAAGUUCACCAUCUCCGAAAACCCAUUGGUGACUCUGCGUGAAUUUAUGAAAUACAGGAGGGAUUUUAUCAAAGAGAAAAGUGAUGCGGUUCACCUUUUUUCGGGGAGCCAGUUUCAGAGCAGCCGCAGCAGUGCAGCCUACAUUGGGGGCAUUUGUUCAUUACUGAGAGGAGGCGGAGUGAAUGAAUUCGGAAAGGCAGAUUUGAUGUCUGUUACUUUGGCGCAGUCCUUGGCUUACAAUCUUGGCAUUUUCUCAGACAAGAGAAAACUACAGAGCGGUGAGUGCAAAUGUGAGGAUACCUGGUCUGGAUGCAUAAUGGGAGACAUCGGUUACUACAUUCCAACUAAAUUCUCCAAAUGUGACAUUGAGGCAUAUCAUGAAUUCUUAAAUAAUGGAGGUGGAGCCUGCCUUUUCAAUAAGCCCUCCAAGCUCCUGGAUCCUCCAGAAUGUGGCAAUGGUUUUGUUGAAGCUGGAGAAGAGUGUGAUUGUGGUUCUGCAGCAGAAUGUCUCAUUGAAGGUGGCGAGUGCUGUAAUUCUUGCACCUUAACUGCUAAUUCUCAGUGCAGCAAUGGACUUUGCUGUACAAAAUGUCAGUUUGAAGCCAAAGGAGUGAUUUGCAGAGAAGCUGUAAAUGGUUGUGAUAUUCCAGAGAGUUGUACAGGAGAUUCUGAUCAGUGUUCUCCAAAUCUGCACAAAAUGGAUGGGUAUUCAUGUGAUAAUGAGCAAGGCAUUUGUUUUGGAGGACGAUGCAAAACAAGAGACAGGCAGUGUAAAUAUAUUUGGGGAGAAAAAGUGAACGCUGCUGACAAAUACUGCUAUGAGAGGCUGAAUAUAGAGGGCACUGAGAAAGGUAACUGUGGCAGAGAGAGAGAUACUUGGAUACAGUGCAAGAAUGAAGAUGUUCUUUGUGGAUAUCUUCUGUGCUCCAAUAUCGACUCAAAUAUCCCAAGACUGGGGGAGCUUGACGGUGACAUCACAUCAACAUCUCUCCAAAAUUUAGACAAGACCUAUGUUUGCAGUGGUGCUCAUGUUAAGCUGGAAGAAGAUGUAGAUCUUGGCUACGUAGAAGAUGGGACACCUUGUGGCCGUGGAAUGAUAUGCUGGGAACACAGAUGUCUUUCUGUGGAUUCUUUUAACUUCAGUUCCUGCCCAGGAAGUACAGGAGGCAGCAUAUGUUCAGGACAUGGAGUUUGCAGCAAUGAAAUACAAUGUAUCUGCGACUCAUUCUGGGCAGGUGAAGACUGCAAUAAACACGUUGGAGGACCAAUUGGUAGAAUAAAUGUGGAUACUUCAAGUGUUACUAGCACAAAUAUCAUUAUAGGAGCUAUUGCUGGUACCAUUUUAGUGUUGGCUCUGAUUUUGGGCAUAACUGCAUGGGGUUACAAAAACUAUCGAAGACAGAGACAAAUUCCUCAGGGAGAUUAUGUUAAAAAGCCUGCUGAGGCCGACUCCUUGUAUAGCGGCAUGGGUCCUGGAGUCAGCACAAAUUCUGCAUCUAGUUCUAAGAAGAGGUCUGCUUUUCUGUCGCAUUUUCAGAUUUCUACCUGUUCCAUCACACAUUAUUCCAUUAGUCAGAACCUUUCAUUGUUUUGCAGCAGGUCAAACGGACUAUCUCAUUCAUGGAGUGAAAGAAUCCAAGAUGCAAAGAAUCUUUCAGACAUCUGUCAAAACGGGAGACCAAGGAGUAACUCGUGGCAAGGUAAUAUAGGAGGCAACAGAAAGAAAGUCAAAGGCAAAAGGUUUAGGCCACGCUCUAAUUCAACCGACCGGGUGUCCCAUGCUUCUGAGCCUGGGCUUUCCCACACCAAUCCAAUCCCGCCCCAAGGCAUAAGCCAAGGGGGCUCUCUCCACCCCCAGGCAGGGAAUCAGGAACACAGGUAUUUAAAUCCAUGGUUCAAAAGAGACUAUAAUGUAGCUAAGUGGGUAGAAGAUGUGAAUAAAAACACUGAAGGACCCUACUUUAGGACUCUUUCUCCUGCAAAGUCCCCAUCAUCAUCUACUGGUUCCAUUGCCUCCAGCAGAAAAUAUCCGUACCCAAUGCCUCCACUUCCUGAUGAAGAGAAAAGAGCCAAUAGAGUAAGUGCCAGGCUAUGGGAGACUUCCAUUUAGUUCCACUGUCUACCUGAGCUGACGCCAAGAACUGUUUACUUCAGAUUUUAUACAAACUCAGCAUCACUGAGUCGCUGAACAUUCAUCUGCUAAGUGGACAUUUGGACAGCACAGCGAUGCUGCUCAGCAAGGAACCACCUCCUGAUGAAAGAAAAGUCCAUUUUCUGCAGCUGUUUGAAAUGUUAUCAAUACACAUGAAGAACAAACAAACCAUUUCAACAAAAAAGUAACCUGAGAUAUAUGGGCCUGACUAUGAUAAGUUUAUUCCGCAUGACGACAGAUGAUAUGUAGACAUUCAGAUAAAACUAAUUGGAGUCCCAAAAGUGUUUCCCCCUCUGGUCUAACAGUCCCAAAUAAUAUGAAAAAUAAAUCAGAAUUUGGUAUGUAAACAUUUAUGCUGUAUGCAUGAACCCCUCUGUUUGCCACUUUCCAUAUGUAAGGGAUUAGUCAUUAUACUGUAGAAUUAGCAUGCAGGAAUAAGAAAUAUGUUUUCCAUGAGUGGGAUCUGAAGAGGCAAACAUCUUUGACAUAAGCAUCGAUUCACCCAAAGAGACUUCAAAAACUUUUUGUGAUUAUAUUCUCAUAGAAAUCCAUAUAAAUAUUUUUUAAAACUGUAAAAUAUCAACAGUUCUGUUAUGUAGUGGUGGGUUUUGUUUUUCAUUUUUCUUGAAGGGCGCUUAUGACUGAACAUGGCAUGUCAGGGAAUCUAAGGGCCUAACUACACAAGGCAUAGGAGAAGGGCUGUAGGUCAUUGGCAAAGCAUAAGCUUUGCAUGGAAGAUGUCCAUGUUCAGCCCCUGGCAUCUAUAGCAGGGAUUGGGAAAACCAUCUUUCUAAAAACCUGGUGAACCAAUUCCAGUGUAGUGUAAACAGUAUAUUUUAAAGAUGGUCCUGUGGUCUAAUUUAGCAUAAGAUUCCAUUAUAUGGUAAAAACAGGAUCAGGUUUAGUAGCAGUUGCAAAGUGGAGGAGUUAAGAUCCAAAGUUUGAUUCCUGCUGUUACAUGGCUUGUAUGCAGAAGUUGAUGAAUGACCUUGCUUUUGUUCCAAGGAAAUGAACUAAUACGAAGGGUCUGGAAUGCUUUUCUGGAUUUGCGUAGAACAGGGAUCGUGAUGAAAAAUAGUAGUAGUUAUCCCUCCCGUUGAAUACACUUGGACUCAAAUGGAGUUUGCCUUUGCCUUCAUGAAUGGAACAACUACAAUUAAUGUGACAGUGGCCAAAAUGGCAUAUUUGCGUCUAUGUACCUCUUGUUUGCUGAAAUCUAGCUAUCUAGAACUUCCAUGUUUUAAUGAUAGCACCCUUUAUCCUGUUCACUGGCACAGUAUCGCGUAAAUAGCACAACGUUUGGAAAAAUAGGAGGUGUCCUUUGAAUGGCUUGAUUGAAUUUUGAGGGGUAAUUAGAAAGUACAAGUAGAACAGCACAGGAGAUGCACCAUCAGUGUACUAUACAAGUAUUUAUUACACAAUGAUGAAUGUACAUACGUUGAUAACACUCCUUAUGGGUGAAACCCUUCGCCUGAGCUUAUUGCAGUUGGGUGGGGAUUUUUGAGUGGUUUUUUUUAUAAACAAAGGGAACUUUGUGAUGGCGACAUAAUGUUGCCAGUGUAACAUAAUGCUCCCGUUCGUUACAUGAGCUUCAUUAUUCCCCCUGUGACACAAAACUGCAGGAGAUAGAUAUGUGAAAGGAAAGAGGGAGGAAUCUUUUCAGAGACUUUGAGGAUGCAAUCUAGUACUCACUUGCUUGAGAGUAAUAUCCCUUGAACUCAAUGAGGCUUACCUCUGAAUAUACAUGCAUAGGAUUGCUCUGUAAAUUUCUAAACCUUUCACUGUUCCAAUCAAGCUUGCAAGGUCUUCUUUUUCCUAAUUUCAUUUCAAAAUUUAUGUGACAUAAAAUAGUUAUUUAAAUUUUGUUGUAGUUCUGUGGUGCAAGGUUUUUUCCCCCCUGUAAUACCCAAUGGGCAUUUUAUUUAAUGUUUAGUUUUUUUGUAGUAACAGAAUUUUCAGUGUAGAUGUGCUUGAAGCAGAGUAUUGAGCGUGAUGUGCUAUUUUCCUAUUAUGACAUUGAGAACAUAAGAGCUAUGUUGGAUUAUACCAAGGUGCUAUCUAGUCCUACCUGGCUGCACAGUUGACCGUCUACGAGAAGAAAUCUGGGCAAAAUAUUACCAGUUAGUACCCAGGCUAAAAAGGCACCACCAUCUACAUGGGCUCAAGGGUUUAAGGUUUCUUCCUUUUGGGAACUCGGAAUAAAAAUCUCAUAGUCAAAAACAAUGUUAGGUAUAUAGUAUCAUCUAGUAGUUUGACAGUAACUGAUCGGGAAUGUAAUCUGUAUUUCUGAUUCUUCUACCUCUUCUACACAAUUCCUUUAAUAUAUGUGUUACCAUGCAUGAACUUUCUUCAUGUAGCUGGACUUAUAUGAAAAGACCUACUUAUAUGAGAAUGUCAGUUCUACGAGAAGCUAAAGUUACGGUACUUACAAGAAUAUCUCCAAUUGUAAAAUAUGUAAGACUUUGAAAAUAUUAUAUUUAUAAGACUCUGCCAGUUAUAUUUAUACAAUACUGGCUUUGCAGUCACAAAUAUCCCUAUAUGAGGCAUAACAUUUUUGGUAAGUAUUUUGAUUUGUAAUGAAUAGGAAAGAGAGAAGACACACAAAUUCCCAUAUAAGAAAAUAUCUGCAAGGGUAUAAAAAUCUAUCUAUAUAUAUAUACACACAUACAUAUAUAUAUAUAUAUUAAAAUGUCUAAUUUUGUGAAUUUGUAAUAUAAGUCAGGAUUUUGGUGGGUGAAUACUUAUAUAAGCCAGGAUUUUGGUGUGGAGAAAAGCUGGUGGAAAUUGUAGCUUCUUUCCUGUAGUAUCACUUUUAGUGGAUUUUGAAUCAACUUCUGGAACAUUUCUCCUCAAUCUGAGGGAAGUUAAAUGACCAACUCCAUAUCUAUUGUUGAUUAUCAGCCUGUCCCCGUAGCUUUUUAGAUGCAAUAUCUAGGUGUUUAUCAUGUGCCUUUUGGGAUUUUUUUCUUUGAUACAAAUCCAUGUGUUGUUCAGUAUAGAUUGGUGAUGUUUUCUUUAUUUCCCCCCAGCCAUCUAUUAUUUUCAGAGUUUUGAGCAGAGUGAAGACACCUCUUUUUGUUAGACAAAGGUGAAUGUGUUACAGUAGUUGAAGUGCUUUAAAGCAUUGGUUGAGAAAAUGAACUUCUGUGUCGUAAAUGACAUUGCUGGCCACUACUAAUAUUAAGUCACUUGGUCAUCUUAAUGUAAGAUUAAAAAUAAUUUUAAUAAAAUUUUGCUUUUACUUUUGUGGUCUAGUGCAGGAUUUCUAAGUUUACAAAGGUGAUUUUCCUUGGUAUGAGAAAGAAUGGUGAAUGGAAAUCAAUAGGAAAUGGAGGGAGAAUUUGGAGUCAAGAAUGUUGUGUUUUGAAAGGAUCUAAAAGAAAGAUAUUAGUAAGUUUAUGUAUGUGGAUUGUCCCUGGAGACAAUGUCUUACGUAUGUGGAUUGUCUCUGGAGAUUAGUUAUUUUGGUUUCAACUAGAGAGAUUACAGCUCCCACAAUCUGCUAUGAGGAAAAUACACAAACCUUAGAUAUAUAAGGAUCCUUCCACACAGCUGAAUAAAAUUCCACAUUUUCUGCUUCGAACUGGAAAAUAUGGCAGUGUGGACUCAGAUAACCCAGUUCAAAACAGACAUUGUGAGUGGGAUUUUCUGCCUUGAUACUCUGGAUUAUAUGGCUGUUUUGAAAGGCACUCAGACAGAUGUGUGUAAUAGGAAAAUUCUGUCUUCAACAGAUGCCCCUGUUCUUUACAAUACAUUCAUUUCUAUAAUUUGAAGGUUGUCUGCUUUUUGUCCAGCAACAUAAUUUGGGGGGGAGGUGCUUUGGACUUUAUUCUUUCUAUUCUCUUGAAUGUUUUGUACUUUUUUGCAUGUUACAGAUAAUUUUACUCUGUAUUUUGAAUUUGGAUGAAUGUGCAGUGUCUCUUAACUGCACAAAAUAAAAUUGACAAUGGGUUGGAAUAUGCAUUAAACCCAUGCCUUUACCAUCUCAUUGUGCUCAGGAUGAUUUUAAAUUAUUUCAUUUGUCCAAAGCAGUUUGCAUCGUAAGUGUUUGAAACAGGCAAAUGUAAUUGAAUUUUUUAACCAGAUUUAACCAUGAUCUACAGUGGCAUUCUUCUUCUUUUAAAGUGUAGCAUUUAUCUAUUUAUUCGUAUAAUUAGUUAUAUAGUAUUGUUUACCAUUUCACUACUAUGGUUUUUUGGUUAUCCCGCAAAAAUAUCUGUUGGUAGCUUUGUGUGUGCAUAGUAUUAAAAAAAGGUUUUGUAUGACUUAAUUUGGAUAACGGCGCUCCUUGCAUUCGUGCCGGCCACAUGACCUUGGAGGUGUCUAUGGACAACGCCAACUCUUCGGCUUAGAAAUGGAGAUGAGCACCAACCCCCAGAGUCACGACUAGACUUAAUGUCAGGGGAAAACCUUUACCUUUAUCUAGUUUGGAUAGUUUUUCUGUUAGGAAGAAAUCUAUGAAGUCGUCUUUGUGAAUGGCCCUAGAUACACUUCUAAUUGUGGUGUAUUGGAGAGUUAUUCCAAACAUUGAAGGUAUAUUUGCAACAUAGGAAGUGCCUUAAGCCUUGGAAUCGCUUCCUCUUGUACCGGUUGCACAGGAUGGGCUAUGUUGUCCACAGAUAAAGAAAAAAGUGAUAAUGGUUCAUAUGUUAAAACCUUUAUAGCAAUCCUAUACAUGUUGAAUCAAUUCUAUUUUAUACAGUGUUGGGGCUGAUUCCUACAUAAGUGUUCAUAAAAUUGUAGGCUUACAUUACUUGUGUAAAGACAACAAUAGUGUAAUGGGUUUGUUACCAUUUUUAAGAACUGCUAGAGCCAAGAAUGACAUUCAAGAAUAUGUUUAAUCAUUAUUUGUGGAAAAAACCCAAGUUCUUUUCCAGCUAGUGUUACCAAGCGCAAGAGAAGAGUUCUGGAGAACUCAUAUAUUUGCACAGUUUUGUAUCACUAUGCUUAUUCUCAAAAAAGGUCUUCCCUAAUCUUGUGUAUAUUCAUAUAUUAGAACGACUACCUUCAUGUUUUAAUUUUUUAAAAAUACCAGCUACUUACUGAAACUGUUUUAGAACAUGGUAAUAACAUUUACAUACCCUUAAUCAAUUAUCUUUUCUUAGUCAUAAAAUGAUUUAUGUUCGUUCGCUACUAAGAAUAAGAAAGUUGUUAUUCAUUGUGUCUGUUUGCAAUUAAUGAUAUGAACUAAUGAUUAAAUUUUUUUUGGAAAUCAGUUGGCAUAAUCAACAGUUUAUUGUGGUAGUUUCCCAACUAGCUGUUAUUAACAAUUAAGUGCCUUCUGGCACCUGAACAGCACCCUCAUCAUUUAUUUUCAGUUUAACAAUUUUGCUAAACGUAAACAAUUUUGCAGAAAGAUAGGUUUAAUCUCCAGUUCUAAUGAAGAUUGGUUCUGAUGGAAAUAUCUGAAACCAAUAAGAGUCCUAGUCUAAGGCUAUUUGAAAUAAAAAGCUGUAGAGAAUUCAGGGAAAUAAAUAAAACCACUGAAAAGCACAGACUGUGUCAUGCACCAAAUGUCUGCUUGCAUAAGAAUAUAAUCCAGACUAAGAUAGGUGCUGGCAUUCUCAAAAUUUCGUUCCAAGGAAUGGAAGACCCUCCGGAGCAUUGGGACACCAGUGACAACUGUAGGAGAAGAGUCCAACAUUACUACCAGUGUCAUGUUGGAUUUAGGACCAUGUAAUUAAUGAGGAACCACCAAUAAGUAUCAGGUGCUAUAGGUUAUAUUUCAGAGGAAGGAAUGGGCAAAACCUUAGGCAAUUUUAUAAGAUUGCCUAAGACAAUCCUAUAAAAUUCAAGGAGUCACCAUAAGUCGGCUAGCUAGGGACUUGAAGGCAUAUACAUAUUCAAACAAACAAGGUAAGGAUUUUGAGAAGCGACAGGCCCCAUUAUCAAUUUGACAACCAGGCAAGUUGAAAUGGCACAGUGGGGACCCAGUGAACAGACUGUAGCCAUUCCAGAUGAGCUCCUAGUGCUGUAAGUCAAAAGGCAAUGGUGCCAACUAUUCUGACUUUUUUUGGUAGUAAAACAGUUGAAAUAAUGAUGAGAACCCAGAAGUAAUGACAUUUGGACAAACAUACACCCUGUGAGAAAAGUCAAUAGUGCCAUUCAGGCAUUAUAUAAAGCACAUGUAAAUCCAACAUAUAAAAAAGCACACUAGCCCUGCCUUUUUCUGUCUAGUUCCAUCGCUAUCCCCACAUGAAAAGUAACUACAGUUUGUCAUUCACAGGUUUGAUUGUUUGCAGAUUUAAUUAAUAUGGUCUCUCAAGGAAUCUUUCGGUCCUCCAAUGUGAUUCUAUUGUCAUCUUUUGGCAAAAGUUGACCAGAGAGUUAUGCUGGAGGAUCUAGACAUUCCUAAAGAGAAGUCCUUUCUAAAAAUCUCUAGGUCCUCUAGCACAACUCAGUGGCAGAAGUUGACCAUUGAGUCACAUUGGAGCACCUUGAGAUUCCUAGAGAAGUGAUCUCCUAGAUCAGUGGUGUGAAAUAUGUGGCCCUCGAGGUGUUUUGGACUUCAGCUCCCAUAAGUCCUGCCCAUUGGGCAAGCUAGCUAGUGCUCCUGGGAAUUAGAGGCCCAAACACCUGGAGGGUCACACGUUUGAUACCUCUGUCCCAGAUUUUUUAAAAAUUGUAUUUUUUCUUUAAUGAUUUUUCUACUUUUCAACGGGGUCUUGUGUACUUAGUGAAUGUGGAGGGCUGACUGUAGUCUGAACAGGAGAGCUUCCACUACAUAUAGAAACCCCCCUUGCCAUUUGUAACCAUGAUUCUUUAUGGAUUCCCAAUCUGGUUUGAGGAGCUUCUACAUGCAGCAAAAAGCUCAUGGUGCCAAGUUAUAAUUUUCCAAAUUAAUGAAUCUGGAGACACAGAAAGGUAGGACAAGUGUUCUUCAUGUGUUGAGUCAACACACUUCAUAAACAAACAGGGCAAAAGGCAGUACAAAAGCCUCAUCUUUAUGUAAAAUUAAAACUUGUCUAAGCUUUACAAAUCUAGAUUUCUUACUGGCUUUUAGAAUGCAAUCAUAAGGAAUGAGGUAAAUAGAGGGAACCGUUUGCCUUUGGUGGCUCCAUUCUAUCUAGAACCCUACAAAUACUUGUUAGAUGGGCCAAUGAUAGUGAUUUACCGCUUGUUUCUUCCUCCGUCCAGGGCUUAUUGGUGACUUACACUGCAGAAACAACCUCCUCCGACAAAGAGAUAUACUCUGAGGCACAUUUGUGUUUCAUUCUGAAUUAGGGGCAUGAUCAGGGGCUGAGAGGCCUUUGAAUUCAGAAGGUCCAGGUCUUCUGAAACAUGCCCCCUUUGUCUUCUUUCCUAGUUUAGAGAGCCAACUUAGGGCCACUAUGGGAACUCCAUGGUGACUAGGAGGGCAUGAGUGGGUCUGACAUUCGGUAUCCCCUUCUAAGGUCAAUGCCUUGUGGGGAAGAUCUGCUUCUUCCUAUUGCCCCAAUACAUGAUGCUGGGACAGUAGAAUUGCAGCCUUAGAGGCCUUAAGAUUAAUAUUCAAGAUUUUCAGAAUAUAUUUUUACAGCCAGUAUGAAAAAAAAAAAACCACUUGUAAAUAUGCUUCACUGCCUUGGAUAUAGUGGUGCUAGCUGAUAACUAUAUAAAUAUGACACAGUUGUAAUUCUGUAUGUGCUAAAAUAUUACCUGUAUCAUAUCACAGUAUAACAAUGCCUGCUGGUUGCCAAUGUUGAAAAUCUGUGUAGUAUUUGCCAGGGCAUACAGUCUGGGGCUUAUUAAACUGUAGAUAUUUGAGCAAUCCUGGAGCAAAAAUAUACCACUGUACUAUUCAAAUACUGGCCACAAUUUAACCUAAGCGUGCUUUUAAUGCCGUUAAUUUGAAUGGAACGUAAAUGCCAUGUUACAUGAGGCUGCCAUGUUAUUUCAACACUUUCUUAUAAUUGCUGUGGCUUCUUUCAUGGUAGCACUGAUCACAUUUUAAGUAUGCUGUGGAAUCUGUUUUCAAUAUGAACACCUGAGCAAUGUAUUCUGUAUACAGUAUGUCUAAAUUGCUGAUCUUUUUUUAUUAAAAAAAAUAGUGUAUUUGUGUUGCUGAUAAUCUAUAUCUUUUUAAAAGUACUUUUAAAACUAUCCCAUAUUGUAAGAACCAGGAAUGAUGGAGAUUGUUUCUACCAUGGUAGCUAAUCAUGUUGCAUCUUGUAAUUGUUUUGCUAUAUCAAACUCUCCCAGUUCUGUCCAUUGCUUGAUAGAUCAGAUUUUGAGAAAUGCCAGUGCAAAAGCCUUGCCCAUUACAGAGCUUGCUAUGCUAAUUUUACAGCUCCUAGAUUUCUGCCCAAUUUUGGUUAAAGAAACCUGGGGUUUGUUAUCCCCAAAUGUUAACGUUCCUAAGCUCUGGCCCAUUAUAUACGUAUCAUUAUACCUUUGAACAGGACAUUUUUGUCAAGGAGUAUCCAAAUGCAUCAAGCCAGCUUUCAUAUAAUUGAAUAAAAUGUACCUUUUUAUAAAA